AUGUUUAUGGGUUGGGAUCUAAUGGGUACGGGUGUCACGGAUUGGGUCACAACGAGUCCAUACAAUCACCACAAUUGGGGUCACAAUAGGUGGGGACAGUUGGCUAGAGAUAGGACACCAAAAGGGGUUUAUUUAAAACCCGAGAGAAUAUCGUAUUUCGACGACAAAGAUGUCCAACAAAUCAGUUGCGGUUAUCAUCACUCACUGGCCCUCACAUCCAAUGGACAGGUGUAUGGGUGGGGAUUAAAUACAGAGGGACAGAUCUUGAUGAAAUAGAAAGUGUUAAAGUUUUUAGAGAAGUG